CCCGUCGUCAAAUUCGUCAGUAACGCGCGAGCAUGGAUAGUGAAUUAACGAUCGCGUAGAAGAGCGCAACUGAAGCACGAAAGACGAAAACGAAAGAUUAGCUCGUUCGAAAAUGUGGUCAUUAAUAUUCGUAACAAUCUUAACAUUGGGUAGUGCUAUAUCGAAGACGGUGAAUCUACCAAGUAACGAUACGGAAUGGCAAUACAGCUUUGAAGUCGAUUACGAAAAUAAUCAGUUUUUAUUAGAUGGAAAAUCCUUCCGAUAUGUUUCCGGUAGCUUUCAUUAUUUUCGGGCACCUAGACAAUACUGGAGGGAUCGUUUAAGAAAAAUGCGAGCCGCAGGACUUAACGCUGUCUCCACUUACGUUGAAUGGAGUCUUCACGAACCAGAACCGGGUCAAUUUAAUUGGGCCGGUGAUGCAGAUCUAAUAAAUUUCUUAAAUAUUGCGCAAGAGGAAGAUUUACUGGUGUUGUUACGACCAGGUCCUUAUAUUUGCGCGGAAAGAGACUUGGGUGGUUUACCAUAUUGGUUGCUCCGUGAAAUACCAAAUAUUAAAUUACGUACAAAAGAUGCAGAUUACAUGAGAUACGCUACAUUAUAUUUAAAUCAGGUACUAGAAAUAAAACCACUUUUAAGAGGCAAUGGGGGACCGAUAAUUAUGGUUCAGAUAGAGAACGAAUACGGAAGUUACAACGCUUGCGAUACGGAGUAUAUGGACAUGCUAAAAGAAGUUUUUGUUAGACAAAUCGAAAAUAAAGCUCUUCUGUACACAACUGACGGUGCAUCUGCAUCUUUACUUCGAUGCGGAUUCAUACCUGGUGUAUAUGCUACUGUCGAUUUUGGAACAUCCGGCAAUGUGACCAAUAGUUUCCAAUCUAUGCGUCUUUAUCAGCCACGAGGUCCAUUAGUGAACUCUGAAUUCUAUCCAGGUUGGUUAACCCAUUGGGGAGAAACUUUUCAAAGAAUAAAAACGGAAGCUGUUACAAAGAUAUUGAGAGAAAUGCUUUCUAUAGGCGCUUCCGUUAACUUUUACAUGUUUUACGGGGGUACAAACUUUGGUCUCACUUCUGGAGCUAAUGGCGGAGCAGGUGUGUACAAUCCACAAUUGACUUCGUACGAUUACGAUGCUCCUUUGACCGAAGCUGGAGAUCCGACAGAUAAAUACUUUGCUAUAAGAGAUGUCAUUGGUCGUUAUUUGCCGUUGCCAAACAUGUCUCUCCCAACUGCAUCUCCGAAAGGUAAUUAUGGGCCAGUAUUAUUAGAACCGGUGCAGAAAUUGCUUGACGCUCGAUCUCCAUUCGUGGUGAUCCGGGAGACUGGAGAUCAGCCUAAAACCUUUGAAGCUCUUUCUGUGAAUCAAGGAUUUGUCCUUUAUGAGACAAACUUGCCAUCUUCUAUUUCGGAUCCGGCUGUAUUACGAGCAACGACCAAAGAUAGAGCGCUGGUUUAUGUGGAUAAUCGAUUAUGCGGUACUCUAAGUCGCAUAGAUAAGAUAUUUACUAUACCGCUGGAGAGUCCUUACGGUCGUCGCCUAAGUCUGUUAGUAGAGAAUCAAGGACGUCUAAAUUUCGGCAAUGAAAUUCACGAUUUCAAGGGUAUAUCGGAUGUAACUAUUAGCGGUACUCCGCUGACUAGCUGGAAUAUGACAGGAUAUACAUUUUCCGACGUAUCCUCUCUCUGGAAUAUGGCAACAAUACGCAUCGAGAGUGGAACUCUAAACAAUGGUCCGGUAUUUUUACGUGGACGAUUCACGAUUACUGGGCAACCACUCGACACAUUUCUGGAUACUACCGGUUGGGGAAAAGGAGUAGCUUUCGUCAAUGGUCACAAUCUCGGCAGAUACUGGCCAGUAGUAGGUCCGCAAAUUACCCUGUAUGUUCCAGCUCCUUAUCUUCGUACAGGCGAGAAUGAGUUGAUUAUGUUGGAAUUGGAAUAUGUAUCGCAAACAAGGAAGGUAAAGUUCCAAUCUGUACCUAACUUGGGUAGAGUGAAUCAAACUCUAAGCUUGAGUGAUUAAACACGAUUAUAUGGAAUAGAUUAUAUAUACUGGAUUAUGUAUUCUUUGCAUUAUUUGUUAUCCAAAAUAAUAGAACAUCUUAAAAUAUCACAUUUUUAAACUAGCCUUACAAAAAGCCUAUCCCUCUGUAGCUAAAGUUAUUUUAAAUUCUAACAACUGCGUCAUUUAUUCUUUAUGCCAUCUAAUACAGCAAUAUUUUUAAAUUCGUACUCGUAAUACGAAUACUUUCAAACAUUAUAAAUAAAUACUUG